AUGGAUAACCUACGUGGUAUACCGUUUCCGUCAAUGUAUUGGACAGCCAGAAAUCUUCCAGAAACCUUCAGAAAGUUCAAGAGGAAUUGCGAAAUCGUGUUCGCUGGACCGUUAAAUGAUCAAACCGAAGCCGUAAAAGUAAACUAUCUCAAACUCUUUCUUGGUGACGAAGGACAAGACAUAAUCGAUGGAUUGGACCUCACAGCCGACGAAGAAAAGGAGCUUGACAGCUAUUGGUCAAAACUUCAACAAUACGUGCGACCGAAGACAAAUUUUCGCGUGGUCCGAGCUCAGCUCCGUGAAUUAAAACAAGCGCCAGAUGAGACAAUCGACAGUUUCAUGACAAGAGCCAGAAUACUCGCUGAUGAUUGUGAGUACAAAGACAAAGAAGAACAACUAAUCGACACACUUAUAUUUGGAGUUAAUUCAAACGAGGUUCGCAAGAAAUUACUCACCAAGGAUAGUUCUUUGAAGCUCCACGACGCCAUGAAAAUAGCUCGCGCCGAAGAAGCUUCACAGAAACACGUGACCGCCCUCCAAGAAACUAAAACAAUAAGCGCUGUAAAAUCUACUCCUAGAAACCAAAACCAUCAAUAUCAUCAACGUAGCCAGACAACUCAGUCCCAAAAGUCACCGUAUCGCCCAAACGUCAGACAAAAUGGAUGUCUCAACUGUGGUCGCGCUCACAAUCGUGACGAUAUAUGUCCAGCCCGGAAGGACAAUUGCAACUACUGCGGAAAACGGGGACAUUGGGAAAAAGUUUGCAUCACAAAGCAAUAUCGCCAGAUGGAUAGGAGCCAGCAGAACCCUAGACGCGAACCAUCAGCCAAAACACAUGUCAAUUCCUUAGAAUACGCCGGAGCGUCAUAUGAUGACUACAAUGACACAAUUGAUCUCACCUUUGACUCCUUAGAGUACUGCGCCUUAAAGGGAGAGGAACUGUUCUCUACUGUCAGAAUUCACGGAGAAAGAGGACCGUACAAUCUCCGCUGCAAGGUGGACACCGGAGCGCCUACCAGUGUGAUUUCAAAGAAAAUCUACCGCGAGCUAUUCCCUAAUGAUUUUGAUAAUUCCGGAAAGCUUAAGCCAGAAACAAAGAUUAUGCCUGCCCAAGUCAAAGUUAAGACAUACGGUGGUUCAGAACUACAACACAUUGGGUAUUUCACCACAACCAUACGCCAUGGCCGAGAAACCGCGCAAGCCCAGUUCCUUGUGACAGAAACUGAUGAUACCCCUUUGCUUGCCAAACAGACAUAUGCCAGAUUAAGACCCAACAAAAGCCCAUCCAGAUUUCAAAAGACUCCCCUUCUUAAGCAUUAUCCUGAAUGCUUUAAGGAGAUUGGAACACUUCCAGGAAAAUACAAGAUACCCAUACGAGAUGAUGCUAUUCCGUGUAAGGACGCCCCAAGAUCCGUGCCAGAAAGUCAGCGUGAACCACUCCGCAAGGAACUUCGACGCAUACAAGACAUCGGUGUCAUAGAGAAAGUCGACGGACCCACAGACUGGGUUAGCAGCAUCGUGGUAGUGCCAAAGCCAAACGGCGAUGUAAGGAUCUGCCUGGAUCCUAAGCGACUCAACGAUGCGAUCAAACGUGAGCACCACUACAUCCAGAAACUCGAAGACGUGCUACCCCAACUCAGUAACGCCAAAGUCUUCAGUAAACUUGACGCCAAAUCUGGGUAUUGGAAUGUGGUCCUUGACGAAGAAUCAAAGCUCUUGACAACCUUCAACACUCCCAUGGGUCGCUAUUGUUUCAAACGCCUCCCAUUUGGUUUGGUAUCUGCACAGGAUAUCUUCCAGAGAAAGAUUGACGAAACAUACGACGGAUUGCCAGGAAUCUGUUAG